CUGCUUCUGUGUGCAGCCUUCCCGCCCAGCGGGGCCGUGGACCUGCAGAGGAGGAUCUACGGGGGGAAAGAAUGUGACGACAGGGAUCGUCUGUACCACGUUCAAGUACUGUUUAAGAACUCUACAGGAAAAACAAACCUGUGUGGGGGCUCUCUGAUCCACAAACAGUGGGUUCUGACUGCAGCUCACUGCCAUGGAACCAAAGUGUUUGCAGUUUUGGGUGUGCAUCCAGGUCCAGGAAAGGUGGAAAUCACAGAAACCCCUAUAAUCCAUAAGAAGGAUGACAUCAUGCUCCUGAAGUUACCGAAGGCGACAAACCUCCACCCAGUGGUUCCUCUUCCAGCUGUCGGCUGUCAGAAACCUGCCCCGGGGACAAAAAUCCAGAUAGCGGGACAUGGGAGCUACUUUAAAGACAAUAAGAAUAAGCAAAUACCAAGUCAACCAUCUGAGCUCCUUUGUGUUGGAAUGAAGAUGAAAGAAUGUCAAAAAAUAAAAGAUGAAGUGUCAGGAUGCCUUAAAAAGCACAACUUGAUACUUCCAAACUUUUUCUGUACUGAUGUAAAAGACGGAAAGGACACUGGCAAAGGGGGCUCUGGUGGAGGAGCCAUUUUUGAUAAGAAGAUCUAUGGUGUCCUCAGUUCCGGUGGCGGUUAUGUCUGUACAGUCCUACCUGCAUUUAUGGACGUCUGUUCUUACAUUAACUGGAUAUACGAACAUGCUCCCAAAUAA